AUGCUUUUGGCCGCUAUCCUUGGCAGACGUGCACGCACUGGGCGGGUCGGACUGCCGAAUGGGGCCCCCCUGGCGGUGCUUCAUGCUGCUGAGACGGGCGGAGGGGCUGCUCCGCCUUGCGGGCCCGACUACUGCCAGCCUGCCGCCCGCCGCCUGCCGCCCAACGAUCUUGCUGGCUUUGCGUCCGGAUUGCAGUCGUUCACGCAGCAUCUGAAGGUUCUGGACCACUUCGUCGGAGGUGUGCCAACCUUGUCGGUUCUCCUCCCUCGGCUGCCUCUUCCACAAGGGUUCAGUGUUGGGCCCGAGUUUUAUAGGGGGUGA